GCUCUUGGUAGCUUUUCUUCUUUCCAUCUCCAUCUUGUUUACUUAGUUGGUGUGGACCUGUGCAGGAAAAGCAAAACUCGGCCAUGGCAGUUUCUGAGAGAUCAACUAAAGAGAGAUUAUUGAGUGUUUUAGACGACGUGGAGGUGUUAUCAAGGGAAUUGAUCGAAAUGUUGGCGUUAUCAAGAAAUCAGAAGCUACCACAGCCUGGUGAGGAGAGUCAAAUCCUGGAGUUGUUGGUGCAGAGGGACGGGGAGUUUCAGGAGUUGAUGAAGGUGGCUCAGGAGCAGGGCAAAGUGCAUCAGGAGAUGCAGCUUCUGGAGAAGGAGGUGGAGAAGAGGGACAGUGACAUCCAGCAGCUGCAGAAGCAGCUUAAAGAAGCUGAACACAUACUGGCAACUGCAGUAUAUCAAGCAAAGGAAAAAUUAAAAUCAAUAGAAAAAGCAAGAAAAGGUAGCAUCUCCUCUGAAGAAAUUAUUAAGUAUGCUCACCGCAUCAGUGCCAGUAAUGCGGUGUGUGCUCCUCUGACUUGGGUGCCAGGUGACCCCCGCAGACCAUACCCGACUGACCUGGAGAUGAGGAGUGGGUUGUUGGGACAGAUGAGUAACCUCCCUACCAAUGGUGUCAAUGGACACCUGCCUGGGGAUGCACUGGCUGCUGGGAGAUUACCAGAUGUGUUGACUCCGCAGUACCCGUGGCAGUCGAGUGACAUGUCUAUGAACAUGCUGCCUCCAAACCACAGCAAUGACUUUAUGCUGGAGCCUCCGGGACACAACAAGGAGAACGAGGACGACGUGGAGGUGAUGUCCACAGACUCCUCCAGCAGCAGCAGCGAUUCCGACUAGAUGUAAAGGAAAAAAAGGGAGGGAGAGAGAGCGUGCAAUGGACUCGGAACUUCCUAACUGCAUUUUAGCAGCUGAGAAGAAACUUCUAUUAAACUUUUCCCUGUCGCAGAAGGGAAUGAAAAUGGCUGCAAUUGGAAAAGCAUACUGGAUUCCGCUGCGCUGUAAACCACUCGGACUAUUUAAAGACAAAAAAGAGCCAAUAAACAAAGGCCCCUAUCUCCUAUUAAACACAGUUUCAGUAUAGCUGGGUUAACACAAGUGGGUCGGUAGGCUGCAUUGUAGGGUUGUCAAAAGUUGUAUCUGGCUUCCUUUUGUCACUGUAAUCUGCUAUAUAGAGACAGGACAGAACUAAACACACAUAAGAAUACCCUGCUUCAGGUUUGAGAGUUAAUUGGAGAAUGGUUCAUUGAUUUGAUGGUGGAUGAUGUUAUAGUUAGUAGCACCCAAGGAACUUAAAUUAUCUUUGUACUGAAGAAAGUGGAUAAUAUGCAACAGAGAGGAUGUAUUUGGUUAAGUUACUGUUUCAAAAUAGUAUCUAGUGGUGAUAGCUUUUCUACUGAAGUGGUCUGCAUUUCUCUGGAAUUUGUAAAUAGUACUGUAUUAUCAAUCGUGACAUUUUCCUACUUUGUAAAUUAAAGAGUUGAAGAGAAAAAUAAUCCAGUCAUUGAAUUAAAUGUACAUAAUUCAAGGUGUAUCAAAAUGGUGAACAAGUUCCAACUAGAACCAGUACAGACUAUUCUAACAGUAAGCUACCUGCUAACACAUAGCAGAGAGACUUGAGUUAAGUCACAAGGAUACAUGCUUUUGUUAAUGAAAAAUGUAAAUACGGGAUAAAAGCAGAAAAUGUGGCUUUUUUUAUAUAGUUAUGGAAAGUAAGGGACUAUUUAUAUAUUUUUUUAAAAAGUGAGCUGAACUACAUUUAAUAUUCCUCAAACUUUACAUUAGAGAUGCAAUUAUGUUUGCAAGAAGGGCAGGCAUUAACCUAAGUUGAAUCUCAUGAUACCAACUAUCCAAUGUAUUAAAGUCAGAAAAGCUUUCCUUAGAUAACACUGUUCCAUGUGCACACUGACCCACAGUAAAAUGGUUAAGGUUCUGUAAGAUAAUGCAUUAAAUAUUUGCUAUGGAAAUUGUUUCAUAAUUAGAACUUUGCCUUUUUGCUCAUUUGAAGGUAAUUCUGUUUGUACUUUUCUAGUCUUGAGCGUUUGUUUAGCAUUAUGACGUGAUUAGUUAAUAAAGGUGGUAUUUGUUAAAGAUG